AUUGUCCGGUGGUUGAAAACCGCUGUAUAUCAGUCGUACGUAGGCGAUCACGCGGUUGAGCAGGCCUUCAAUUCCAUGUCGCUGUGUCUCGUCCUGUUCCUUCAAUACGGUCUUCUUCUGAUCAUCGCCUUCGGGAAUGGUGUUUGUGACGAGCACGAAUAUAGACUGACGAAGCAUCUGCUGGACAGAUAUGACGCCGGCGUACGACCAGCUAAAAAUUCGUCCCAACCCUUGGUUGUGGUCUUUGGGCUAUCCCUUCAUCACAUUAUCGAUGUUGAUGAAAAGAACCAGAUACUCACGACCAAUUGUUGGGUUACGCAGAAUUGGACUGACCAUCAUUUGAAAUGGAAUGUCUCGGAAUUUGCUGGAAUUCGAGUAAUCCGUAUUCCUUAUAAUCGUGUCUGGCGACCUGAUACUAUUUUGUACAACAAUGCCGAUCCACAAUAUAGUUCAGCGGUCAUCAAUACAAACGUAAUCGUCAGUCAUACAGGCGAAGUGGUCUGGUUAAGCCACGGUAUCUUCCGCAGCAGUUGUGAUAUAAACGUAGAAUUUUUUCCCUUUGAUGAACAACGAUGUGUUCUAAAAUGGGCCUCUUGGACGUAUGAUGGAUAUCAACUUGAGCUGAAGAUGCAAAGCGAGCAGGGGGACGUGACUAAUUAUCAAGCGAACGGCGAGUUCCAUCUUCUGGAUUUCACCGCCCGCAGAAACGUCGAGUACUACUCCUGCUGCCAAGAGCCAUAUCCCGACAUCACUUAUGAGAUUCGCUUACGACGACGUCCGAUGUUCUAUGUCUUCAACCUGAUUCUGCCCUGCAUACUAAUCAACGGUGUCGCCCUGCUGGUGUUCUACGUGCCCUCCGAGUCGGGAGAGAAAGUCACCCUUGGUAUCUCGGCUCUCCUCUCCAUGACGGUCUUCUUGAUGACCAUCCGCGAAACUUUGCCGCCUACGGAGAAAACACCGUUAAUAAGUCUUUAUUACGGUGUCAGCAUUUGCCUAGUGUCAUUUGCAUCCGGCCUGGCGGUCGUGACAUUGAAUUUGCAUCAUCGUGGUGUGCGGGGUAUACGAGUACCGAGUAUCGUGAGAUCGUUGGUCUUAGACAAAUUAGCCAGGAUAGUAUUUCUGAAUUUCCAAGAGGAGAAUAGAUCGCAGGAACCGGCGGAGCAAUUCCCGAGAAGAAAGAACAAUUGUCCACUGCACUGCAAAUCCGAACUACCGGAACAGCACGUAUCUCCCAAGUAUGUAUCGAGGAGGGAUGAUAGUAAUAGCAGCAGUCCCAGUUUAGAUCUCGGAAAGGAAGGCGGCCUUGAGGCACAGUGGUCCCGGGUCCUGGGAAGAGUGCAUGCAACCAUUGAGAGGAACGAGCGACGUCUGGUAGAACAGGAUCGCCGAGAAAGGACAGAGUUAGAUUGGAAACAAGUCGCUCUGGUCAGUGAUCGUGCACUGUUGUGCGUUUUCUUUCUCACGACGAUCGUUAGCACGGCGGUGAUUCUAUGCGGCUCGCCUCCGUCCCAAGAUGCAUAAUCUAAAGACGGAUAAUCCUUGGAUUAUCGAUUCGAUUAAUCGACUAAAUGGUUGGCGAUCACGUUUCUUCUUCAUUAUGAAUCUUCAUACUGGACUCGAAGAAUAAUUUUAUUCUGUCUACAUUAAAAAAAAGCAGUUCAGAUUCGUUGUUACAAGGAAGAAAUGAGUGUAUUUCUUGUUAUAUUUGUUUUUUGAGAUAUGUGUGGUAAUCUAUGAAUAGUAGUUUUUGAAAAUUUGAUAGAAAUAUUU